AUGUUUUCAACGAUAUCAGCUAAAAGGUUAUUUAAACUACAGAUCUCCAAUGGCAAUAUUGCAUUCUUCUCAUUUGCCGCGCGUACACAUUCCGCUGGAGCAACAGCUGCGGUCUAUCGCGCCACUGGCGAUUCUCUUUGCUUCGAACAUCGUGCUUGGCAAUCUGAAUCCCAUCAAUUUGCUCUACUAUAUGGCGCCUUACUCGCUGGUGAUGUUGACACCGGUGGCGCUCUACUACGAGGUGCCGGCGAUGCGCGCCGAGUGGCAGCACUACGGAGAGACCGAACCGCUUGUCAUCCUGCUGUAAACUUUUUAAAUGCAUUGGGAUGUGGUGUUGCCGUAUUAGGUGUUAUAUGGUACAGUCAAAUAAGAUAUGAAGCAUCUAAGCAAUCUUCAUCUUCAUCUUCAACAUCAUCAUCAUCAAAUACAAACAUAAAUAACAACAACAACAACAACAUAAACAGCAUCAACCAUAUACAUACAACAAAUUUAACAACGAAUUUAACAACGAUAACAAUUUUAAACAACGAUAAUAUAAAUAGUGAUAAUGAUAUAGUUAUUUCGGAAAAUUCAACAAUAGUUAAAGUUUUUGCAUUUUCAAAUUAA